AUGAGUCUAGAGUUUGAGACAAAGCAGGUUGCCAUUAACGGUCGUGACUUGCGUAUUCUCUUGCAAAAUGAAAAUGGACCUUGUGCAUUGAUAGCCUUGUCAAAUGUGCUCCUCAUAUGUCCCAAUAACUCUAAACAUAGUGAAGAGCUCAAGAAGUUGGUAGAGCAACCAGUGAUCAAAUUGCAGGACCUGGUUACUGCGUUGGCGGAUAUUGCUGUUCAGAACACUGGUGAGUCCUACAAGGACACUGAUCAGCUGCUGCGGUUGCUACCGCAAUUACAUACAGGUUUGUCGGUUAACCCAGCCUUCGAUGGUUCUUUUACUGAUGGUGCGGAAAUGUCGCUUUUUAGGCUGUUCCAGGUUAGUCUUGUACAUGGAUGGCUAUUAGGUCCAGAAAACUUUCCGCAGGAUUAUGAGAAACUCUCUCGCUAUUCUUAUGAGGACGCUCAGAAGCUGAUCGUACAAUCCCAUGAUAUUCAACAAGGUAUUAUGUCGCCAACCGUACACCAGCACAGCAUACUCAAAGACGCUCAGAAUCUUCGAUCUUUCUUUGCGAGAAGUGCAACUCAAUUGACGACCUACGGCCUCCAACACCUUAAGCAAAUUAUUAUGGAGGGCUCAUAUGCUGUGCUCUUCAGAAAUGAUCACUUCGCUACCAUUUGCAAACAGAAUGGCGAGCUCUUCACCCUCGUCACAGACCUAGGCUACAAGUAUCGCUCCGACAUAGUUUGGCAAUCUUUAUCCUUUGUAAACGGCUCAGGAGAUACUUUCCACACCGGUGAAUUCAUCCCCACUCGCUUAGACCUUUCGUCCGUACCUGCUGCCGCCAGCUAUGCAGAAACCGCCCCAGCUAACCCCUUUGCAGAUCCAUCCGAGUCGCAGACUGGUCCAUCACUACCUUCAGACUCUGCUUUCCUAACAGAUGAGGAACUAGCUAGACACCUGCAACAGGAAGAAGACAAUCAAUACGCUAGAGCCAUCCAAAGAUCAUACAACUCGUCGGCUGCCGACAGCAGGAGUCCAUCUCAUCGCAACUGUCGGCCAUCUCAAAACUCUGCUGCUCGCAAACAGAAAACAAAAAGCGUAAAAUGUGUAUAA